CUGAAGGUUUGUUUCACUUUUACUUCCAAGGGGUCCCGGAGAAUUGCAGGCAGGCGUCAGGGUUGUUGUGCGUUGCUGCUACGGCACCAAAGCGGAGGCCUACUCUCGAGGAAGUCUCCAGCCGCUUUGCAGGGAACUGAAGGUGAGACCUCCACAACCAUGGCUGAGUUUCUGGAAAACAGCCGAAUGGCAGAUGUCCUUAGCAUUUUGCUGGAAACACCAGAUAAAAUCAAGCUUGAUAUCGCCAUUUCGGGAGUAACGGGUGCUGGGAAAUCUGCCCUGGUCAAUGCCCUUCGAGGUCUUGGCGAUCAUGAAGUAGGUGCUGCACAAACUGGAGUACGUGAGACCACAAUGGAGGUAGUCCCUUACCAGCACCCUAAACUUCCCAGUGUAACAAUAUGGGAUCUCCCAGGAAUUGGCACAAAUCAAUUCGCAGCUGAUACGUACCUCCAGCAGGUAAUCUUUGACCGCUAUGACUUCUUCAUUAUUGUCAGCAGCCGCCGUUUAGGCCAGAAUGAUAUUCUCCUGGCAAAAGCAAUUAAGCAGCAGGGGAAAAAGUUUUACUUUGUGCGCACCAAGGUCGACUUGGAUUUGGAAAGUGCCAGGAGACAACAGGCCCCCUUCUAUGAUGAGGAGGGUGUCCUGAGGAAAAUCCGUGACGACUGUAUGCAGAGCCUCAGAGAAGCAAAAUUCACCUCUCAGGGGGUUUUCCUCCUUUCCAGAUAUGACCUCAACAAGUACGAUUUCCACUGUUUGGAGGAAACGCUAGAGAAGGACCUCCCUGUCCACAAACAACGGGCUUUUAUUUUGGCCCUUCCAAGCAUCUCCACGCGUAUCCUACAGAAGAAGAAAGAGAUUCUGAAGAAACACACAUGGGAGGUCGCCACGGUGUCGUGUGGUGUCACCGCAACCCCAACGCCAGGCAUCCCUUUUGCUUGUGACACCUCCCUCCUCUUGCCUUCCAUGUUAAACUACUAUCAGGAGUUUGGUGUGGAUGAUGAGUCUCUUGCCAAACUUGCUAGGCUGGUUCAGCAACCUGAGGAGGAACUUAGAGCCCAGAUGAAGAAGUCCCCUCCAUCUUCAGCAUUGCCUUCGCGUGUAGGCGAGUUACUGACCAAUGCGAAGGUCGGGUUUUUUCAUAUUCUGUUCUCACCUCUGUUGCUGCUCUUUGGCUCCCCAGCAGCAGGAAGAAUUGCUUUUAUGUCAACGCUGAGAAUGCUGGAAAAAUUUGUGGAUGAUUUGGAGGAAGAUGCUGAAAGGGUUCUUAGCAAGGCAGUUGGGAGGAGAAACGUGUAGGCAGGGAGUGUUUUCUUUCUUCAAUAUUCUCCCAUUAUAUUUUAUUAAGUUUCAACAUUUUUAGCACAUACAAUCAAAUACAUUUUUGUCUCUUCUCUUGUUUUUGUCCACUUGCCACCCCAUUUUUCAUGUUGUUUUUUCUCCCCUUCUGCUGCAUCCUAUCUUCUAUCAAUUAAAUCAUUAUCAUGAUAUUAUAAUCUAAUUUCCUUCCGUUCCGUUUUCAUAUAAUUACCUUUUAAGGUGUAACAAGCAGUAAAUUUCAUAUCUACUUUCCACAGCUUUCCCCAUGCACACAUUUCUGUAUUAUGUCACAGGUCUGUAGUCCAUCGUAUCAUUAUUGAUUUAACCAUUUCGUCUUCCGUCUCCCCUUUUUUCAAUAUUCGUUAUUGUUGUUUUCCAGCACCUCAGAACUUGAUGUCCCAUCCAGUACAGCUUUAACAAAUUAUUAACAAGUAAUCAACUCUUAUCACUUUGUUCCAGGAAACUCCCCUAUGUGAUACUAGUCGUUCCCUUACAACAAGAAGAUGCAAAUAUUUGUCUGUUAUCCUAUCUAUAAAACGGUGCAAAUGUUUCGGGCUGGUCUUUCAUUUUCCGGUGUCUUUGUAAUUGUAAUAAAGUUUCACUAUUCUCCA